AAUGUAAAAACGGUUUCUCCGACAGGACGUGAACGGCCCAUAAAGUUCACGCUACUUUCAUUUAGCUUAUAGGCGGCUAAUAGCUUGGAAACCGAAAGUUAAGCAGAGACACCCGUCAAGAUGCAACUAUGACAAGCGGCCAUUUCACCUAGUCACCUUUAACGACGACUUGUCAACAUAACCCUGCUAUCGUCGGUAUCGUUGUGCUUCACAGUACUCCACCUUGGUGUGGUCUAGGUGUUUAGUAGUAAGCAAUGGAGGAGGGCGGACAUCCCUCUGAGAAACACAUGGAUGAUUACUUCAAGUCAAUCGGACUAGUGAGGAAGAAGAUCGCUAAGGAUGGGUCGUGUUUGUUCCGGGCCGUGGCCGAACAGGUGCUGCUGUGUCAAAGUCGUCACACACAAGUCCGCGCGAGGUGUGUGGAGUUCUUGAAAGAGAACAGAGAGCGCUAUGAGGCGUUCAUUGAAGGAGACUUUGAUGAAUACCUCUGCAAGAUCCAAGACCCCCAGCACUGGGUCGGGCAGGUGGAGAUGCACGCUCUGGCUGUACUUUAUGAGAGAGAUUUCUGGAUUUUCCAGGAACCAGGGAAACCUGCUUUCAAGGUCACAGAUCACGGUUUUAAAGAUCAGGUCCAGUUGUGCUUCCUGAACGGGAACCAUUAUGACAGUGUGUAUCCUGUCAGCCACAUCCAGAAUACUGCUUUCUGCCAGUCCCUCCUGUACGAGUUGCUGUAUGAGCGUGUGUUUGGUGAGCGCUGGGCGGUGGGUGCGUCCCAGCGAUGCGGGAGGAGCUCUGAGCUGACAGACGAUCACAUGGCCGCCUGCCCUAGCAGCGACGAAUCAGAGACUGAAGACCCUAUAUGGAUCGAAGAAGGACCCCCCAAGCAAGGUGGCCAGCCGAACAGGGGGCGUGGUCGGGGGCGUGGCCGAGGGCGGGGCCUUUCAGAGAGAGUGAGGCGCUCCUUGAACCCCAAUCUGAUGAGGAAUGUGCAUUAUGACGGCUGGCUCGCCUCCAAGAGAGCCCAGCAGAAGAUGGACUUCUGUAUGGCAGCAGGAAUGCAGUACUCUGAAGGAGACCGAUGCCAGGUGUGUCUGGAGGGAGGUGGGCGGAGCUACAGUGGGGCAAUCAGGAAGGUGUCUCCUAGCAACGGCCCUCUCACAGUGUAUAUUGAAGAGCUGGGCAAGACAGUGUCCGUUCCUCUGGUGAAUCUGCGUCCUAUGAGUGAGACCUGCUGGAAGACAGUGGCCAGCGGAGAGAAGAGGACCAAUGGACACACACCAGAAUGGGUGGAGGCUAAAGGCAGGGGAAGAGGCAGGCUUCUCCCGUCUGCAGCGCCCCCCCCCCUCCUCCCCCUCCACCAAGGCGACGCUGCGAGGCCAUCCUGGCCACAUGCAGAAGCAGACCUCCUGGCCCCCCAAUCCAAAGGGGGACCCGCAGGCACACAGAGCCAGCAGGUGACUGGGGAGGACUCCCGGGAGGACGAGGACGAGGAGGAGGAGCUGAAGGCAGCUCUGCUGGAGAUCCAGCUCAGAGACGAGGACAACUUCCCAGCGCUGGCGACCGGUCAGAAGGAUGCACCCCCCCCGGUUGAGGUCCCCAGUUCAAGCCCUUCCUCCAGCCCUCCCACCCUACCGGAACACCCGGGCCCCGCCCCUACCACCUGCUCCUCCUCCUCUCCACCCGUCUUCAUCACUCCUGUAGCCCCGCCUCCGGGUGGCCUCUCCCACGCCUCCACCCCUUCCUCGCCCUCCUCUACCCCUCCCCAGUCUUCCUCCUCGAGCUCCCCCCACCCCUCCUCCCGUCCCGAUCGCCCCGCCGCAGAUGUGAUGAACACGGCUCGACACAUGCAGCUCCCCGCAGCAUACGUGUCCAAUCCCCCAUCACCCCAAAAUGUAGUACCCAGCAACCCUCCACCCCAAACCUCCUCACCUCAAGACCCUACAGCUCCCACCGCUGCGCCCCAAACCCCUCUGCCACAGCCCUCUCCCAGCCCUGUGUACCCCAACACCCUGGACCCCAGCCUUGUGAACCCCAAAAUCCUGUACCUGAGCCCUGUGUCCCCCAACACCCUGUACCCCAACACCCUGUACCUGAGCCCUGUGUCCCCCAACACCCUGUACCCCAACACCCUGUGCCUGAGCCCUAUGUCCCCCAACACCCUGUACCCCAACACCCUGUACCCCAACAUCCUGUACCUGAGCCCUGUGUCCCCCAACACCCUGUACCCCAACACCCUGUACCUGCGCCCUGUGUCCCCCAACACCCUGUCCCCCAACAUCCUGGAGCCCAACACCCUGUACCCCAACACCCUUUACCUGAGCCCUUCGUCCCCCAACACCCUCAGCUGCAGGCGUCCAAUCCCCGCCUCCUCCUCCUCCUGGCCCGAGCCGAGCCAAGGAGGCGUCCCCCUGCAGCAGCUCUCCCAGCUCUACCAGGACCCCCUCUACCCUGGCUUCCCUGUGGGGGCCGCAGGCGAAAUGGUGCCCAACCCGGCCUACUCCUCCAGCAAGUCCGGAGAUGACCUGCCACGCGAUGUCAACGUCCUCCGGUGGUUCUUCAACCUGGGAGUCAAGGCCUACUCCAACCCCAUGUUCCAGCCCUACAUGUACCUGCUGCCCCUUCAGCAGUCCCACGCCAUGCACCCCCCUCCCCGGGGCCCCUCCCCACAGGGCGCACACCCCUCCCCCCCGCCGCCCUGGCAACAAGCGACUCCGCCGGGCCACCCGUCGGGGUACCCCUCCCCGGGCCCCGGGCCCCGGUACCCUGGCCCUCAGUCUCCAGGGCUCCAGCUCUACCCCUCAGACCGGCAGCAGUCUCCCCAAGGCAGGUCUCCCGGCCCUGGCCCCCGACACCCAGAGGGCUACGGCGCUACCGGAGGGAGCAGAGCCAACGCACCCUCUGAAACCAUGUUGGCCGGCGUUGGAUCGCCUGCAGCAGGUGUGCUGGCUGACCAGGGUUACCAUGGUCAGAGACAGGUUCUCCUGCUCGACCCUCCAAUGAACAUGCCCAUCUGGGUCCCUGAACCCAAGUUCCAGGACUCCAUGGUUGCCGGGACGUCAACGCCCCAUGGCAACUGCGUCCCCCCACUCCACUACGGCGCGUUCGCCAACACACCCAACAGCAAUCAACAUGGCAACCAAUACCAUGGUUUCCAUGGCCACUAUCACAACAACAACCAGAUGACCAAUCCCAGCGAGGGGUUCGGUCACAUGGCGUCGGGGCCCGGCGUGGGCGUGGAGCCCUGGAAGGGGCCGGAGUUUGGGUCAACCAAUCAGAGGGCCAGGAGGGUUUACCAUCAGUCGAGGGGUGGGGGAGCGGAGCGGCCGGGGAGGAGCGGCAGGGGGGGCAGGCAGCGCUAUGGGCCACACUACGGCCAGUACGGCAGGGGUCAGAGCUACUACCCCCACCACCACCCCCAGCUCCCUGGGCAGUGACUUGCUUCCUGUUGUACCCUGCCCGUCCCAUCAGGUGUGGACAGGACGCGGGGGGAAGCUGCUGCGAUUGGCCGGACCCUCAUGCACUGCGGGCGUCCGACGUCCUCUACAGGGUCUAAAUAGAGCUUGGGUUUAAUGGGUUUCUUUAUGCUGCCUUUUAAAAAAGAAAAGCUAACAAGCUAUAGCACUUAGACCUUAGGAUACUAUGCUGUUCUUUGCUGAAGUACUUUACAGGUCGCAAAGCUAGCCGAAGUGGUGGUAGCUUGCGCCACAGCACUUUCUUAAUGUGUUGCUAGCACAUGGCUCGUGCCAACACUGGCUCCGAUCUAGUCUGGACUCCGCUGUUAAACCAAUCUAUCAUUUAUCUGGUGAUUCUUCUCUGGUUCAAUUAUCCUUGGUCUCUUUUAAACUUCAAGGGGGGUUGGUGUGCGCACCCUUUAGAACAACCACACUUUUGUACAAAGCCAAAGCUGUUUACUUUUGUUAUGAUCCUUUUUUUUGUUAUGUUUGAAUAAAAUUUAGUACAACAAUGCUGAGGGUUCUCUUCAUGUCCCAAGAUCUUACACAGGGUCUGCUAAACCAUAUCAGCUCACCACUAAAACCUACCAACAUGCUAUGCUUAUGAUGCUAGGGUACUUGUCGUACUAUGCUAAAUGUAGGCCUACUUGGUGUUCAGUCUGCUGCUGCUACAGAGCCUCUUGUACUGGCCUGGUCUUUAUAGAUCGAUUGGUUGUUUGAUGUUGAUAUACAUUUAUUGACUAGCUCUAGUCUUCGAUGGAUUCCUUAAUAAUUUAAGUCAAGUGACGGCGAGAAUCAAGAUAUUUAUUGUGAAUACAGGAUUACGAGGCAUCUUUAAAGACGUGUUGCCAGUGAAGGUGGCUCAGUCCGCUGCAGGCCGUGUGUAUCGUGACACUACGCAGCAUUAGCAAUCGGCUCCCGACAGCAGCAGAGGAAUGACGACAACCCCAAGCUCCUCAUCCCAGCCACACCGACAGAAAGCACUGAUGUUACGAGGAGCACUGGGAUGUCAGGAUGAAGAGCGCUGUGAUGUUAGAUGAGCUGUGAUGCGGGACGUAUAUCGGGAAGAUGGCGCUGGUCCCAAAGGAAGUCGAUUAGUCAUCGAGGAAGAAGUAGUUCCCACUCUUCUUUUGCUCCGUGUCCUGGGAGAGAGGAAGAGAGCGAGCAUUGCGUAGAUUAUUGUAAAUGUAUUUUUAUAGGGGGACUAUCAGCAGAGUAUAACGUGUGUGUGUGUGUACCUUGAUGGAGUUCAGCUUGUUGAUGCGUGGUCUGAAAUUGUUGGGGUCACGUCUGAAGGUGAUCUCCAACAGGGACAAGAACUUGUUCAUCCCAGCAAGUAGACCCUGAGGCCUGCAGCGAGGAAAGGAGAGAGAUAUCACUUUAUUGUCUGAUUGGUUCAGAAGGUAUAUGACGUGGACAGACAAACAUCGAAUUAAUAAUUGAAAUCAACCAACAAUUAAAUAGGCCUCCUGUUUAAUUGAGAAAAGAAAAACUCAGACAAAGUCUGGAGACAGUG